GCAAGCCUUGCAAGCAUAGAACAAACCUUUUCAACUUUGGUUACAUCCAUUCAAAAUUGAGGAACAGAUUUGGUCUAUUCCCUAAGUCAAAUUUGGUCUUCUGCUACAGAAUGCUGUGUAGCCAAAUGGAUUUGACCUGGUAGUCUGCUACUCUCCAUGCUUCUGAUUGCUUAAUGCUUCAAACCUAUAGCCCUGCGUGAUUCAUUUUCAUAUAAUCCAAUGUUUUUGACUUUUGUUUAUAUAAUAGAGAAAACUGAAAUAUGAGUCAUGACAUAUACAACUUCCUUGAGGAAAUGGCGAGCCAAAAUGCAUGCAGACAUUCCAGUGUUCAGUAUUAUAAUUACAUAUAUUAGUAUUAUGCCCACUGCAGUUUUACUUUUUAUUUGUACAGCCCUAAUUCAUUUUAGAAUCUGCUGCCUUAUGUGACCACAAUUUGAAUAUGUAACUCAAGCUGAGUGAAAUGUAGUGUGCAUUAAUGAAACCAUUUUUAAAAUAGAAAAUGUCUUUAACUGGGACUAACUUGUUUUUCAUGGGGUAGUAAAAAUCCUGACUUAAUGUGGUAAAAACUACUCCUGCUAAAUGCGAUCCCAUUGCUGCCUGGGAGAGACAAUGGGAGCCUCAAUGACCGUGACGUUAACACUUAAUGCCUGGGAAGCCAUACAGUUGGGGCUGUGAAACAAAGGAUAGACGGGUCUGAACAAAAACAGGUCUUAAGGUUGCUACUGUGAACAGAGAACACAUGGAUAGAGAGAACGGAGAGGGACAUCAGUAUCAAGGCAUGGCAAAGCUAUUGCUUCAACCAAUAUAUACUCUGUCUUAAGCUUGCUUUUCCCAUCCAGAUCCUGUAUUCCAGAUUACCAAUAAAUGUUACCUUGGUUUUGGAAAUUGCGCCUUGCUUCACUGCAGUUACUCACUGUUUUGCAUUGCUCCCUAAGAAGAAAAAAGCCUCUCUGGAGUCUGAUCUUGGUUGGAUUUGCUUUGGAGAGCCUGAAAGAGAACUGCCGACCUGAUGGAAGGGAGCUAGGUGAAUUCAGAACAACCACUGUCAACAUAGGUUCAAUUACUACUGCAGAUGGCUCUGCCCUGGUGAAGUUAGGAAAUACUACUGUAAUUUGUGGCAUUAAAGCGGAGUUUGCAGAACCCCCAGCAGAGUCCACUAAUAAGGGAUAUAUUGUUCCGAAUGUGGAUCUACCACCCCUCUGUUCAUCAAGAUUUCGCCCCGGACCUCCUGGGGAAGAGGCUCAAGCAACUAGCCAGUUCAUUGCAGAUGUGAUUGAAAAUUCAGAAAUAAUAAUGAAAGAAGAUCUGUGCAUUGCAAAUGGCAAGCUUGCUUGGGUUCUAUACUGCGAUUUCAUAUGCUUGGACUAUGAUGGAAACAUUUUGGAUGCCUGCACAUUUGCUUUGUUAGCAGCUUUAAAAAAUGUACAGUUACCAACAGUUACUAUAAAUGAAGAAACUGGUUUGGCAGAAGUUGAUUUAAAACAGACAAAUCCUUUGAAUAUCAGAAGGCAUCCAGUUGCUACAUCGUUUGCUGUAUUUGACGACACAAUACUCAUUGUUGAUCCGACGGCAGAAGAGGAGGACCUGGCAACUGGAACUGUAACCAUUGUAAUGGAUGAAGAAGGCCGACUAUGUUCUGUUCAUAAGCCAGGUGGAAGUGGCCUAACAGCAGCAAAACUUCAAAACUGUAUCACCCGGGCAGUUACAAGACACAAAGAAGUGAAGAAGCUGAUAAAUAAAGUGAUAAAAAGCAUAAAACCAAAAUAAACAUACAGUAAGGUCUCUUCAAAAUGGAUUUGUAAAAAUUGUAUUUGUUAGUGUGUUCAUGAACCUUUUAUACUAAAUAAACAUAUUAAUACUACA